CGCCAAUUUUUGAUUCACUUUUCCCCCGUCCUCCCUUCCUGGCUCUUGUUUUUGUUUCUAUCUCGUUCCUUGCACCAGCACACAUUCUAAAUUCCCCCCCCCCCAGGCCUCACUCCUCCACUCAUUUUCAAUCUGAUCUUCUUUUGUCACGAUGGACGAGCUUCCAAUCUCACGCGGGCAAAAGUUUGAAAUCCCAGAGUACGCUGACGAUGCAACGGCCGCGGCUGCACUGGCUGCGUCUGCCCCAUCGACCGCCAGUCCCGCCCGCGCUGCACCCGCACGUCGACCUGCAACGUCGUCUGCUGCUGCUGCUGCUGGCUCUGGUGCGCCGGCAAUGUCCGACGAGCGCGCUGCAAAGGCAGCUGCUGCUGCUGCACGCCGCGAGGCUGCGAUGGCUGCGCUCAAGGAGAAGAAGGCCGCCGCUGCCGCCGCCGCCAAGGCCAGAGCCGCAUCCGGCGAGACAGACGAGUUUGCCGUCUCGUUCGGCGGGGCCAGCGAGGCGCCAGUCGUCAUCCAGACCGAUGCUCCUGCUGAGCAGUCUGCUGCUGUACCGUCCAGCAGCAGUGCCUCGACUGCUAGCACUGGCACAACCAAAGCCCUUCCUGCUGCUGCUGCCGAGAUUUCCAUUUCGUUCGAUUCUGCAAAGGCGGCGACGAUCACGCCAACGGUCGACUCGACGACACCCUUCUCGUCGUCCUCCCCUUCCUCGUUCAACCCAACCUUCGAUUUGGGUGCUGCCAAGCCAACUGCAUCGUCGUUCAAGCCGACUUUUGAUGAAGAUCCAGUCUCAAAUGGGUCGUCUACAGCCUCUUCGCUCCAGCCAACGUUCGACUCGACGGCGCCAACAAAGUCAUCCUUCAACCCGUCGUUCGACUCGACACUGCCAACGAAAUCGUCCUUCAACCCGUCGUUCGACUCCGCUCCCACCAGUUCGACGACGUCAUCGUUCAAGCCCACCUUUGAUUCCGCCCCCGUUUCGAGCUUGGACUCGAGUGUGACUGCGACCGGUCGCCCUGCUGCCACGAACGGCGCACCGGCUCCAAGCAAUCUUCUUGACAUUUCUGUAAACCUGCUUGGCACCCCAGUCGGUCCUUCACGUACAGUGGCCUCGUCUGCACUUCCAGCUGCGACUACUGCAAAGGUCAGUCUUCUCGAUGGUGGGGACCUCGCUGCGCCAGUGGUCGAAGACAAUGCCGCCCAAGACGAGUUUGAUCCCAGCAAGGAGCAGUUCUAUUCGCCGGGCACUGCACUGCGCAAGUACCCAACCGGCGCCACCAACGAUUUUAACGUUGACGAGCUCGAGCAGCGAUUCGGAGGCGCAGCUGCGGCAAAAGUGCGCAGUGAAAAGCUUCGCCAAAGUCUGUACGUUAAAUUCGACCCAUUGUCAGACCCUGACAGCCCCGGCGGCGGGCUGCCUCCACUUCAAGGCCUUGGAUCGGCUGCAGAGAACGCGUCGCGCAACGCAUCUUCGGCCGUGAUACCACCAGGCCAGCGAUCCCUUGCAGACCAGCUUAUGAAUGACACUCCCGGACGACCAGUGCCCAUGACCGACGCCCUUCCGUCAGCGGCGGCAGCAGCAACAGCAACAUCAACAUCAGUUCCAUCGCAUGUCAUCAGCUCACCAGGCGAUGGAGAGGUUGAAUUUCGACCUCCCGCGUCUAUUGCGCACCUUCUCAAUCGAAAUGCCCCUGCUUCGACGGCUGUUGCCAAGGAUUUGUUUGGAGCAGGAGCAGAAGCAGCACCUGCAUCAACAGCAGUGACCAAACCGCUGUCCAACGCGCUCCCAGCCGCUGUCGCUCAGCCCGCAUCAGUUGUGCUUUCCGGCACAACCAAAGUGCAAGCUGUUACCGAUGUUGCUUCAGCUAGCCCGAGAAAAUCCCAAAGUUCCGAGCAGUCUUCACAAGAGACCGCUUUGCUUCAGGCAGAGUGCACACGGCUACGCAGCAAGCUGCAGGCGGAGGCCACCAAGAACAAGCAACUGACGGCUGUGAUGGACGAGUACGAGCAAACCAUGCAACGGAUGCUCUCGGACGCCGAGCUGACCAGGGGAGACAACAAUGCCGCAUCCGAUCGCUUCCGAGCGGAGCGCGACCAGUUGGCUGAUGAUCUCAAGUCUGCUGAGACUGCCUUCUCGGACUUGCAUCGCCGCUACGACAAGUUGAAAGAAGUUCUUGAGAACUACCGGAAGAAUGAGGAGACGCUGAAGCAAGCUCUGUCAGCAAGUCAGCAAGAACUCAUCCAGUCUGAUCAGCGUUACAUAGCGCUUCGCGCGCAUGCCGAGGAGAAGCUCGAGUCUGCCAACUCUGCGAUUGAAAAGGUCAACGCCACGUACCGCGGCGAACUGGCCGUCGCGAACGCCAAGCUGAAGAAGGCCGAAAUGCAAGUUUCCAGUCUGGAGAAUGCAUUGCAAGCCAAAGAGAAGGAAAACCAAGAGCUGGUGGUCAUUUGCGACGAGUUGAUUGCCAAGGUUGAGCGAUAAUUGCUGGAAAGCGCUUUUGAAAACAUUUUUGCAAAAAACCGGAUUGAUAUUUGAUAAAAGCGACAUUUGAUAA